UCGCCUCGUUGUUUUGAAGCUGCCGGCUGUGAAAGAACGCUUUCGAUCCUGAUCCUGAUUCCUUUAAACCGUGUUUAACUAAUUUCUAUUUCCUAAAUUAAAUUAACUAUCGAAAAUAUAGUUAAAAUGCAGAACGAAGUAGUAAAGGACAUUUUCGAUGGCUUCAACGAUUACCUGGUCAAGGAGCAGGAAAUGCGCGAGCAAAUCCGGGAAAUUGUCCGAGAAAUAGACCAGGCGGCCAAAGAAGCUACCAUUGCUCUCCAGGUGAUUCACAGCAGCCUCAGUGUGGUGAGUUCGGCUUGUGGCACAGCCCGGGCCCAAUUCGAGCUUUGCCGUACAGGAUUCCAAAAGCUGGCCGAAGUUGUUCCGGUAGGGCAGUUUUACCGGUACAACGAUCACUGGCAUUUCAUGACCCAGCGGAUUGUUUUCCUGGUGGCCCUGACAGUUUACCUGGAAAAUGGUACCCUGGUGUCUAGGGAUACGACUGCAGAAAUUCUAGGGAUGAAAACGAAACAAGCGGAUGGUUUCCAUUUGGACAUCGAAGAUUACCUGAUGGGAGUCCUUCAACUGGCUUCUGAAUUGAGCCGAUAUGCCAUCAAUUCCGUUACACUCGGAGACUACGAGCGGCCGCUUUCGAUUUCUAAGUUUGUGGCCGAUCUCAACUCGGGCUUCCGGCUGUUGAAUCUCAAGAACGAUUCCCUCCGUAAGCGAUUCGAUGCGCUCAAGUACGACGUCAAGAAGAUCGAAGAAGUGGUCUACGACAUCAGUAUCCGUGGCAUGCGAACUACCACUUGAAUAGAGAGGGACUAAACGUUACCGGUAACGUUGCAUCGAUGGAAACAUUCAUUUUCAAAUAAUUACUCUUAUUGAUUUUUUAUACUUAAAGCCUGAGGUUGGCAUAUUGAAUAAAGGAAACUAACUUUA